GUUCGAAUCACUUUAUUUUUGGUUUGAGUUGAGAGGAUGGACAGGGACUCAGCGAAAUCCGAGGAAUCGAGGGAUUCGGUGCCGGCUUUUCGGGAGAGAUUUUGGGAUCAGCUCAAACUGUGGAGAAGCAACCCAUCCUGGGUCGAUGAGCCGCCGAUCACUGCAGUUACUGUUCCCAAAGGAACUCUGUGCCACUUGAAAUCCACAUUUAAAGUUGGCCUCCCACCGGAAGCUGUGUUUGGGAUCAUCACUGAUCCAGGAAACAAGCGCGUCUUCAAGAACAUCAAGGAGGUAAAAUACCGCAAGGUGAUUAAAGCCGAGAACAACAGGCAGCUUGUAGAGGUCGAGCAAGCUGCCAUUUGGAAGUUCCUGUGGUUCUCAGGGACUAUAGACGUGCGUGUGCUUGUCGACGAGGAUCAAAGCUCACACACGGUUAGCUACAAGCUAGCCAAGGAAGGAUUUAUGAAGAGAUUUGAAGGAACCUGGGAGAUAAAGCCGUUUUACGUGGAUGGUGAGCCGGGUGAAGCAGGCAGAGUAGCGUCACUUGUGAAUCUCCAUCAGGAAGUUCAGCCAGUUCUGAUUCCACCGCCGCCAGUCUCAUGGUAUGUUCGAGGAAUAACCACGAAGACGACGGAGAUGAUGAUCGGGGAUCUCCAAGCAGAGGGGAAAAGGAUUAGAGAAGGGAAUGAAGACGACGACGAGGCAAACUUGCAAGUGAAGAAUGAGGAUGAGGAGGGAGCAUCUAAGAAGGAAUGGAAGGCGAAACUGAAGAGCUCGGAAAAAUGGAAAACUUCGGGAGAGAAUAGCCGGUGGCGUAUCCCAAAGUAGCCAUUUGCAUUGCAACGAGGUUUCGAGUUUCAGCAGUCAAUGGUGUUAUCGAUUUCCCA